AUGUCUCUCCUCAUGAACGAAGAGUUCUCCAUCUACCAGCUUCGACUCGGAUACCUAAACCAGAUCCACGACGGCGUUGGCGAACGAUUGAUCAACCUCAAUCCCGCGAUCUUGAACAAUCCAGCUUUUCGAACCGCAGGAUGGGUGCCAGACAUCGCCGCGAUCAAGCGAUGCUACUCUCCUCCGAUUCCUACUGGCGGCGGGCCUGAGAUCAGUAACGAGUACUUUCAGAGGCCAAGGCGGCCAACUGGGCGACCACUAGAGGAGGAAGAUGGCGGCGAAGGCGGUGGAAUGGUAACCGGACAUCAAGGGAGCGAGGAUACACUUGGCCCAGCUGGGCUACAUGCAAAUGAGAGGAAGCGGGAGAGAAGACGCAGGAAAGAGCAGCUGGAAGAAGAUGACAGUUCAGAUUUGAGUGAUGAUAGCGAUGAAGAUGAUUUGGCCAAGGGACCUGCGCAGAGCAUCAAGUUCAGCAAGAUGCCAAUUCGAAAUCGGGCAAAAUCGUCACCCCCAACACAGGCCAGUACGCUCAAAGCUGGAUUUGAAGAUGGGCCCGCGGUGAUGAUCACUAGCCCUUCCCGGCCGCCAGAAGGAAGCGCGUUUGGUAGGCUACGGAGCGGCAGCGUGGGACAAGUAGAGGCUGUGAAACAGAGGGCGAGGAGAGACACCACGACUAGCUCAGAAGUAUCCAGUGAGAACGACACAGCACCUGCUCAGUUCAAGAAGAAGCUUCCAAGUCGACCUGGUAAAGGCCCCAGCGUGCUGACAAUGGACGACGACAUUCAAGAGGAGGAACACGACGGCGAUGGUACCGCUGGCUCUGAGCUAGAUGAUGAAGACGACGAUGACAUCGAUGUAGGCGAGGCUUCGGAUCUCAGCGAUGAAUUUGAAGGAACGGCAGACUCGCCUUCGAUGCUCGGAUUACCUGGAGCGAGCGACGGAAUGUCCACUUCUCCGCUCAAACCACCUCCAGAUAUGCUGCCCGCGAUAACACCUGCAAACAGUUCUCCAAAGAAGCAAGCCAGGGAAGCGUUACCUCGCCUGCCGAAGUUACCACCUGGCCAAAGACCGAAGAGCAUGGCACCGCAGAAUGUUGGGAUGAUCAGCAUGAUGAUUAAAGGCAGUGGCGGUGUCAGUGACAAGCCUUUCCAAAAGUUCGCCGAGUUUUCAGGCAAGGAUGAGCCAAAUCCCCUCUGGAUCAAGAUCUAUGCCCCGUUCUCUGAGAAACCAAGCGACCCCAUACAAGUCCCAUUGCGCAGGAUUAAAGAAGAUCGUCCAGUGACGGUUGCAGACUUGAUCGGACUGGCCUUGUGGAGAUACGUGGAGGAGGAGUACAAGCCUGAAAUACAACCAGACGAAAGCAGCAUCAAUCGAUGGACUCUUCGAAUAGUAGAGGAUGAGGAAAUCGACUAUGAUUUUCCGGCUUUGACACGCACUCGACCGAUUAUUGACUUUACAUCCAAUAACAACAAUCCACCUCGACGCUCUCGCGACAAGCCUUGGGAUGAGUUUGGGCUAGUCAAGGCGACCGAAGAGCAGUUCAAGGAGAACGAGGAACUGACUCCUCAGAUUGGAGAUAUGGGAAGCACAGGACCUGCUCCUCUGGCUACGCCGAAACUGGAGGCCCCAAGAGCUCCUACACCAGCGCCUCUGUCAAGGAACGGAACUGAGGCUCCCCCGACUCCAGCUUUCCCAUCCUUCAAUCCAGCACGAAAUCCCAUCACCGGUCCGUCUUUCGCACCCAAUGCAUUGCGCAAGGACUCGACGGCCCCUGCAGACAUGCCACAGCGCGAGACUCGAUCCGGAGCCGCAAAGACCGGUGCACCGCGCAAAGUUAUGGUCACAUUCACCGACCCGUCGACAUUCGCUACUCGCAACGAGUCCUACGACACCACCACCGACAGCUACAUCGCCGAGAUCUUCGAGAAAGCAUGUGCUCGUCUCGGCCUAGACAAAGCCCUCUUCGUCUUCAAAGUCCACGGCACGCAAGUCGUCGCACCACCCGACCGCACCAUCGAAGCCCUCAAUGACAAACUCCACCUCGACCUCGUCCGCCGCCGCUUCGCAGGCUCAGGAAUGGGCGGCGGAGACGGCAUGUUCGGCAUGGGCCUCUCAGGCUCGCCCGGCAGCUCCUCACCAAACGCCCCUCUAGACCUCACACCCGCCAACGCCACACCGGGCCACUCGAAAAAGAAAGGCAUGAAAGGCUUCACGCUGCACCCCCUGGCCGCGCAACAAAAAUCCGAACUCAAAUCCACCGGCCCCUCGAUGCUCGACCUGACAACAGGAGGCUUCGGCACCGAAGGCAAACGCUACAACGUCCUGCGCAAACAACCCCUCUCCUUCGCCGCGACGCACCCGCGCACCCUCAUCAUCACGCCGGAAUACAUGACCAUCAUGCCCGCCGCGCCGGACAGUCUGGCCGCGCCGACGGGCAAGGUGACGAACGUCCCCAUGACGAGCAUCAUCGGCGCGAAGGUGAGCAGGAAGCAUCCGCGGAUGGUGAGGAUCUAUGUGUUCCGGGAGAAGGAGCAGAAGAGGUAUGAUUUCGAGGCGGCGAAUCAUCGCGAGGCGGAGGAGAUUGUGGGUGAUGUGAGGAAGGGGAUGGAGAAUUUUGGGGCGAUGGGUGGGGAGGAGUAA